AUGCGGUCUGUCUUGACCCAUGACGCUGCUUCUUCGGUGCACUGGCACACCCUGCACAAGCGCUUGGCCAACUUGGAGCUUCUUGUCCGCUCCACCAUCACGCCUGGCACAGGCUCGCACGCUUGCUUGUCAUUCUCUCAUCAGGCACACGGAUUCGCUCGACGCUCGCUCGCGAUACCAGUCUCAGCAUUGCGUCAGUGGCAGCUUGAUCAGCCAGCGAAGCCACACGCAGCAGCAGCCAAGGCGAUGGCAUUCGUUCCAGCGGAGAGACGCCCGUCUCUUCGACGUCAGGCACCCUAUGCGCCUCAUCGCCCUGCACUGAGCAGCGAGAUGUAUCUCAACCGCGCUGUACUGUACUUGAAGCCUCUUGCUGUCGUGCACUCCGUCCUCGAUCCACGACGUGUACAUAGCGAUCAGCCUACGCAACUCACGACGUUGGAUUAUUCGGAACAUGCUCGCGUAUUGUACAGCUUCGAUCCUCAGCCUCCCUCGCCAGGUGACCAGGGCACGACGCGUACAUCUGCACAGCUGGCAGGCCAAAUCAGUCUUGAUCAUCCUGUCGACUUGGACAGCCCUCUCGCGCAUGAAUCGCUGUCAUCAGUCGCUAUCCUGUUCGGGGAGCAGUACAAUCCGAACGCUGCUGAUCGCGACGGCCAGAAGAGUCCUCGUCUCGUCGCGCGCAAACGAGGCACGCGAGGCAAGGGACGCAAGAUCCGCAAGCGCACCGAAUCCACCUGCUCAAGCCACCUGGCUGUAGCGGUCAGCACGAUAGAUCUGGUACCUACAAAUGUCGCUACAUAUGUAGCCGCACCGCGCUCGAUACAGACUCAGACCUCCGCCGUCUAUUUGGGACCUACAGCCUACCUGACGGGGAUCGACAUCAGCGAGCUUUCGACCGGACGGGCCGGAUCGGCGCCUAUCUACCCGAUCGAUGCUGUCUUCAAUGACACUCGCGACUCUGCUUGUGGUGAUGUAUCGCCACUCGCGAACCACGAAAGUCUCAACCAGCACGAAGAUCCUGGUGCCGACCGCACGCGCGAAAAUCGAUCAGACAACUUUGCCCUCAUGCCAACACGACACAACGAAGUGGCGGCCAUUCCCGUCGGAGCGCAGGUAGGACGCCUCAAUCCAUUCGCAACGCGAGCAGUCAUCGAGAGCCGCGCUCUGCCUGAGCCUACGCCCGAGAUUGCGCGAUGGUGGAAAGACUUUCACCUUCACUCGCCAAAUCGUGUCCGUCGCUCGAUGCCGAGAAAGGGUACGCCGGCACCUGUCGCCUUGUCCGUUGGCCGCAGUGAUUCUUGCGCACCCGCUGCUUCCGAGCCUCUGACGCCCACGUUGUCGCUGUCGACCUCGACGUCCAAUUGGACGAGACGGCUGAGCACUACGAGCACGGCUGGUAGCCAGUCCUCCAUUUGCUCGCAUGAUUCUUGGACUAAGCCAGGCUGCGCUCGGUCGGCUUGCAAUUUCUUGUACUCGAUGGAAUGCACAUCUUGA